AGAAUCUUCUUUUCCCAUUUAUGCUUCGGAAACCCAGCAAUGAAGGUUUUGCAUUUGGGUUUUCUGCUAGCUUUAGCCUCUGGCGUCUCAGCCAUCCUCAUCUAUAUCAAUGGACUCUCCAAUCAUGAUGAGAUUCAUAAACUGUCGGAUGAAGAUUGGGAAGCACUGCAGUCUCUGCAAAGCGGCUUUCAGAAGUGCGUGACUGCAAAUGGAUUAGGUUUACAAGCCAUGAGUGGUACGGAUUAUUGUCAAGUAACACUAACCUAUCCUAGUGAUACCGACUCCAAAUGGAAGGAUCCUAAAACUGGAGAAGUUGAAGGUUUAUCAUUUGAGUUUAACCUUUGCGAAGCUGUAGCCACAUGGGAACAGGUGAGGAAUAGUACUACAAUACUCACUAGGGAAUUCAUUGAUGCUUUACCAAAUGGUUGGGAGGAGUACGCAUGGCGGAGGAUUAAUAAAGGAGUGCUUCUGAACAACUGUAAAAAUAAGACUUUAUGCAUGGAGAAGCUUUCACUUGUCCUCCCUGAAACACCACCUUAUGUUCCAAGGCAGUUCGGGCGGUGUGCUGUUAUAGGCAACUCCGGGGAUCUUCUCAAAACGAGGUUCGGGGAAGAGAUAGAUAGCUAUGAUGUUGUCAUUAGAGAGAAUGGUGCCCCUAUUGAGAAUUAUACAGAAUAUGUGGGCAAGAAAAGUUCAUUUCGGCUUCUUAACAGAGGAUCUGCCAAAGCUCUCGAUAAAGUUGUAGAGUUAGAUGAAACAAGGCAGGAGGUCUUGAUAGUCAAAACUACAAUUCAUGACAUUAUGAACCAGAUGAUUCGGGACAUUCCAAUAAAAAAUCCCGUAUAUCUCAUGCUAGGUGCAUCCUUUGGUUCAGGCAAAGGGACAGGGCUCAAGGCGCUUGAAUUCGCUCUUUCUGUAUGUGAUUCAGUUGAUAUGUAUGGUUUCACUGUGGAUCCGGGUUACAAAGAAUGGACUAGAUAUUUCUCAGAAUCUCGGAAGGGCCAUACACCUUUGCAUGGCAGGGCUUAUUACCAGAUGAUGGAAUGUUUGGGUUUAACCAAAAUCCAUUCUCCUAUGCGAUCGGAUCCAAACCGAGUUGUGAAGUGGGUGCCAAGUCGUGAUGCUAUAAGAGCUGCUAGAAUUGCAUCAGAGAAAUUGUUGAGGAGGGUUGGAGCAGGAUCCGAAGACCUACUUAGUUCGUGCUCAAUAAUAAAGAAGCAAGUUAAAAGGAAGCACAUGUCAGUAUCUAGUCUCAGAAAGGCUGCUGUUGACCAUAAAAAAUUUGUGAAAGGCACAACCAUGUAUCCAUUGGAGCAUAGUCUUGGACAUGGUCAGCUUUGCACAAUUCCAGCUGAAUGAAUCCAUGCUAACCAAUCUUGACCAACCUCCAUGGAGGUAACUGGCAAAAUCUGUGAAAUUAUUGCUUGAUACAGCUCACACACAAAUUAAAAGCUGAAAAAAAUUAGUGGCCAAUGCAAUCUACUCUUGAAGCAUCUACAACAAGCAUACUGAUCUUAAAAGAUUCUUUUAGGGAGUGGAUCUUUUAAGGUAUGAGGUCUUUUAAGUUCCCUUGUUC